UUGAUGCCGCAGAGCUCCCCCAGCGCCGCCGCCACCGCCUCCGACAUGGACAAGAACAGCGGCCCCAACAGCUCCUCCGCCUCCUCGGGCAGCGGCAAAGGGCAGCAGCCGCCCCGCUCCGCCUCGGCCGGGCCGGCCGGCGAGUCUAAACCCAAGAGCGAUGGAAAGAACUCAAAUGGAUCCAAGCGUUACAAUCGCAAGCGUGAACCUUCCUACCCCAAAAAUGAAAAUUUUAGCAACCAGUCCCGUCGCUCCAAUUCACAGAAAAGCAAAACUUUUAACAAGAUGCCUCCUCAGAGGGGGGGUGGCAGCAGCAAGCCCUUCAGCUCUUCUAAUGGUGGAAGACGAGAUGAGGUAGCAGAGGCUCAGCGGGCAGAGUUUAGCCCUGCCCAGUUCUCUGGCCCUAAGAAGAUCAACCUGAACCACUUGUUAAAUUUCACCUUUGAACCCCGUGGCCAGACAGGCCACUUUGAAGGCGGUGGACACGGCAGCUGGGGAAAAAGGAACAAGUGGGGACAGAAACCUUUCAACAAGGAACUUUUUUUACAGGCCAACUGCCAGUUUGUGGUGUCUGAAGACCAGGACUACACAGCCCAUUUUGCCGACCCUGACACCCUCGUCAACUGGGACUUUGUGCAACAAGUGCGCAUCUGUAGCCAUGAAGUGCCGUCUUGCCCAAUAUGCCUCUACCCACCCACUGCAGCCAAGAUCACCCGCUGCGGGCACAUCUUCUGCUGGACGUGCAUCCUGCACUACCUCUCACUCAGUGAGAAAGCCUGGAGUAAAUGUCCCAUCUGCUACAGCUCGGUGCAUAAGAAGGACCUCAAGAGUGUUGUUGCCACAGAGUCACGCCAGUAUGCGGUGGGCGACACCAUCACAAUGCAGCUGAUGAAGAGGAAGAAAGGAGUGUUGGUGGCCUUGCCUAAAUCCAAGUGGAUGAGUGUGGACCAUCCCAUUCACCUGGGAGACGAACAGCACAGUCAGUACUCCAAGCUUCUGCUGGCCUCGAAGGAGCAGGUGCUACAGCGUGUGGUCCUAGAGGAGAGGGCUGCGCUGGAGCGACAGCUGGCGGAGGAGAAGCACACCCCUGAGUCCUGCUUCGUAGAGGCCGCUAUCCAGGAGGUUAGGGUUCGGGAAGAGGCUCUGUCUGGAGUAGCCGGAGGCAGCGGGGAGGACACUGGUGUUGCGGCCGCUCUGAAGCAACUGGUGCUGAUGGCUCCCCCGGCACAGGACUCUGCUCCCCAGCGCAGGAAGGGUGUGCUAGAGUAUCUCUCUGCUUUCGAGGAGGAAACUGCACAAGUUUGUUCUCUGGACCCCCCUCGUCCUCUCGCUCUCCCUUCGGUAGAAGAGGAGGAAGCGGUGUCUGAGCCCGAACCUGAGGGGUUGCCAGAAGCCUGUGAGGACUCAGAGGUAGCAGAUGACCAUCUUGGGGAGGAGCCAGGCCAGGAGGGACCCAUCGCUAAGCCGGGCCUCACCCAGCUGGGCAGCUCUCCUUGCUACUACUUCUACCAAGCGGAGGAUGGACAACACAUGUUCCUGCACCCUGUCAACGUGCGCUGCCUUGUGCGGGAAUACGGCAGUCUGGAGCAGAGCCCAGAGAAGAUCUCCGCAACCGUGGUAGAGAUUGCUGGGUAUUCCAUGUCUGAGGAUGUUCGACAGCGCCAUAGGUAUCUCUCUCACUUGCCACUCACCUGUGAAUUCAGCAUCUGUGAACUGGCUCUGCAGCCUCCUGUGGUCUCUAAGGAAACCCUAGACAUGUUCUCAGAUGACAUCGAGAAGAGGAAGCGUCAGCGCCAGAAGAAGGCUCGAGAGGAACGUCGCCGAGAGCGCAGGAUUGAAAUGGAGGAGAACAAGAGACAGGGCAGGUACCCUGAAGUCCACAUUCCGCUGGAGAACCUUCAGCAGUUUCCUGCCUUCAGUCCCUGCGCCUGCCCCUCUGGCUCUGCUCCGGGCCCCACCAGCACCGAGGGCCAUGGGGCCCUUUCUCCUCCUCCUCACAGCAGAAGUCCCAGUUCUCCUGCAGACCUUCUGUUGACCCCUUUGUCACCCACCGCCAGUCAGGGCGGGCCCUCCUUCUGUGUCGGAAGCCUGGAGGAAGACUCUUCCUUCCUUUCCUUUGCCCAGAUGCUGAGGGUCGGGAAAGCAAAAGCAGACGUGUGGCCCAGAGCUGCUCCCAAGAAAGAUGAAAACAGUUUGGUUCCUCCGGCCCCUGUGGACAGCGACGGGGAGAGUGAUAACUCUGACCGUGUUCCUGUGCCCAGUUUCCAGAAUUCCUUCAGCCAAGCUAUGGAAGCGGCCUUUAUGAAAUUGGACGCACCAGCUACUGCAGACCCCCUCUCUGAAGACAGAGGAGGGAAGAAACGGAAGAAGCAGAAACAGAAGCUCCUGUUCAGCACCUCUGUCGUCCACACCAAGUGACACUACCUGCUCACCCAGGCACCGCCUCCACCCGGUUUCUUUUCUGUGCUUUUGUUUUGCUGCUGUAAUUUUUAAGUAUUUGAGUUUGAACAGAUUGAUUAGCUUGGGGCGGGGGGAGGGGGUUUCCACAAUGUGAGGGGGAACCAAGAAAAUUUUAAAUACAGUGUAUUUUCCAGCUUCCCGUCUUUACACCAAAAUAAAGUAUUGACACUCACAAGAGA